AUGUUUUUUGUAAAAUUCAAAAAUGUUGAAAAAGAUAAAGUUGAUGAAGUUGAUGAAAUAGAUAACGUUAAAGAUGACGAUAACAAAGUUAAAAAGGAUAAUAUAGUUAAUGAAAUCGAUAAAAUUGAAGUUAAUGAUGAUGUAUAUGACGAAGAUUAUGGUGAUUAUGAGAAACAUGAUGAUGUUGAAGCUGUUGGAGGCAAAGAUGAUCAAAAUGAUGAUAUUGAUGAUGAAAAUCAUAGUGAUUAUGAGGAAGAAUAUAGUAAUUACGAGGAAGAAUAUAAUGAUGAUAAUGUUAAUGAAGUUCAUAAUGAUUAUGAGGAAGAAUAUAAUGAUAAUGAUGUUAGUGAAGAUAAUGACGAGGAAGAAAUUCGAUAUGAUACUUACGAUUUUAUUCUUAGUUUUUUGACUCGUUAUGGUGAUUACGUUUCUGAAGUUGAUAUUAAAAAUAAAUUUAUGAAAGCUGAUAGUAUCAUAAAAACAAUGGAAACUCUUUCAUUGGCUUAUAAUAAUGCUAUAGAUUUAGAUGACGAAGAUUUUACACCAAUCAGCAUGCACAAUUAA